ACUUUAUCAACAAUUAUCCACUCCAUCGCCCUUCAUUUCAAUUCCCUCCAUCUCCAAUGACUUCACCGGAGAAGAAACAAUGGGGAGACAAGGUUUCACACACGGUCUUCUCGGCCUACAACCGUCUCCCCAAGAAAGGAAAACCCCAAGGCCGUGAAGUCACCGUUCUCGCCGCAUUUCUCACUUCUUCCCCUUCUCAAGAAUUGAAAGUGGUUGCACUGGGAACAGGAACUAAGUGUAUUGGGCGUUCGCGUUUAAGUGUUGCUGGUGAUGUUUUGAAUGAUUCUCAUGCUGAGAUUGUAGCCAGAAGAGCUUUGCUAAGAUACUUCUAUUCAGAGAUCCAAAAGAGUAGCAUGCAGCUUCCCGGUGCAGCUGCCGCAGACUCCCUAUUCUAUAAGGAGGCAGGAGGUUUUGGCGGUGGUAAAUACAAGAUGAGACCGGGCUGGCAGUUGCAUUUAUACAUAUCACAGUUGCCUUGUGGAGACGCCUCCCUGAAUUCACAGCUUUUCCCUUGCUUGAACAGCUCUGUAAAAGAAGGUUGUUCUAUAUCCUCGACAGGCAAACUGAAUGAUCUUAUGGAGGAAAUCUUGGAGUCAGCUAUGAAGAACAAUGGUAACCGUGAUUGUUCUCAUGUCAUCGGCACUGUCCAAAGGAAACCUGGUCGCGGUGAUGCAACUUUGUCAGUUAGCUGUUCUGAUAAAAUUGCGCGUUGGAACGUUGUUGGCGUCCAAGGGGCAUUACUUUCUCACUUUCUACAGCCGGUUUACAUUUCGUCAAUAACUGUGGGGCAAUCUCGUAACUGUUCUGAUAAGGAAGUAGAAGAGCAGUUGACAAGGGCUUUGACCGACAGAGUACUACCGUUAUCGAAGAAACUAACAAGUCCUUUUAAAGUGAAUAAGCCGUUAUUUUCCGUAGCUUCGAUACCUCUUGAGGUGUUUCGCCAUGCUGAAACUGCUGCAUCCACUUUAACAUGCGGAUUUUCAAUAAGUUGGAAUAAAUCUGGCCUGCAUGAAGUCAUUCUCGGAACCACCGGUCGAAAACAGGGGACAUCGGCAAAAGGGGCCACUUUCCCCUCUUCGGAGUCAACUUUAUGCAAGAAGAGGAUGUUGGAGUCAUUCUUGUCACUUAGUCGAUCGUUAACCAGUUUUCCAUCAAAUGAAACCUCGUACAAGAGACUAAAAGAGAAGGCUGAAGAAUACAAUUCGGCCUUGAAAGUAUUUAAAGAAAGCCCACAGUUUAGCAAUUGGCUUGUGAAGCCAUUACAGUUUGAGCCUCAAGUUCUUAUGGGACAAUGAGUUGAACUUCAGAUUGCUGUUGGAAUGACUUGUUUUCCAGGCCUCAAGUCUUGCAUCUUCUUUGCCAUUUGUGAUCCUGCCUUAAUUCUUUUUGAGAUCUUAUGUUUCGUGUAAUUCAAAGUUGUAAUAUCUACUUUGCCAAAAGAAUACCUUGCAAUUUAAAUUAGUCUUUGUUUCCGGCCU